UUAUUCGUGAAUGCAGUAAGCAAUGUGAUACUGAGAGUUAAUUAAAUAAAAAACAGCUCCUGCAGCAAUUAAUAUCCUGUAAAAAGUGCUCUUGAGCUGUGCCCUAAGAAAUCUUCAAACUAGAAGAGAUAUUGAUUGAGUGAAAGUUUAUGGAAUAUUUGUAAGCAAAUUUACAAGAAAUUGCGAAAGUCUCUGCUGAGAUCCAAGCGAGAAGCUGCUCAAUCCAAAAAAAAAAAUUCAAUUGCUAUCCUGCGGCUCCGAGCUAGUGCAUCCAAAAUGUCAGCUGAGGUAAGGCGAGCCAACUCGGCGACUGCACUGCAGCACUUCGAAGCCGGACUCAAUGUGCUCAACCAGCUGUGCAUUGGAUUCGUCACAAUUUGGAUAUGCUGGAACUGCCUGCGCACGGGGCUGGUGGGGAUUCGGCUGCACGUCUGGCUGGCAUCGUUCGGCUUUGUGUUCCUGAUGGCCGAGGGCAUGAUGUGCUUCUACGAUGGCAACUGGCUGACACUGCGCUACACGCGAAAAACCAAGACCGCGAUUCAUGUGGUGCUCCAGAUACUUGGCGGCGGCAUGGGCGUGGCCGGCUGCCUGGUCCAGCUCAUACGCGACGACUGGAACUUUGGACCCACCAUCCAUUCCCGGCUGGGAUUUGCAGCCUUUCUCCUGAGCCUGAUCUCACUGCUGAGUGGAAUAGUCGCUGUGCUGGCCCGCAGCCUGUCGCGAAUUGUGUCUCCGCUGGCCAACAAAACGUUCCACGUGCUGCUCAGCCUGGCCACCUUUGUGAUUGCCAUGCUGGCCCAGUUCUACGGCUAUACGCAGACGGGCAUAUUCAAGGGUCAGGGCAGCGAUUUCGUGAUCCUCAUGCAAGUUGUGACCCUUGUCGCAAUGGUCCUAACCUGCAUCGCUCCGCUCAAGUCUCUAUAUCAAAAAUGUGUUAGCUUUGCCAGCUGAGGCUAAUUUCAAUUUAGUUUAGUUUAACAUAUUAUUAUAAGUUUAGGCUAUUGAUAAUAUUACAUAAUAACGAACGAUCCUCGUUAUACAUUAAUAAAUUAUUAGAUGUCAUUAAUAAUCUACUAUUAAUUAUUAGUUGAGAAUGCGAAAAGCAAUAUGUUAAUUAAUUAUUUUGGAGUUAUCCUGAAGGCAGUUCCAGUUCUAUUACAAACAUUCUAGUUUGAGGCUAAUACAAAUUAUGAAAUUUCCAGGUCAGUCUAUCUGUC